AUGCCAACAUUCCAGGCAGCUCCCAAUAGCAGCACUUCAAUGGCCCCCAUGUUCCUACUGGUGGGCAUGCCAGGCCUGUCGUCUGUGCCCUCCUGGUGGACGAUACCCCUCAUCACUGUCUACCUUCUCUCUACCCUGGGCAACAGUACUAUCCUCUGGAUCAUUGCCCUGGAGCCCACCCUGCACCGCCCAAUGUACUUCUUCCUCUUCCUGCUUAGUGUGUCUGAUGUUGGCUUGGCCACAGCCCUGAUGCCCACUCUGCUGGGUCUUGCCCUUGCUGAUGCUCACACUGUCCCUGCCUCAGCCUGCCUCCUCCAGAUGUUCUUUGUCCACGUCUUUUCUGUAUUGGAGUCCUCUGCCUUGCUUGCCAUGGCCUUGGAUCGGGUACUAGCCAUCUGCCGUCCUCUCCACUACCCAACCCUCACCAGUGAUGUAAUUAGCAAGAUUGGCCUGGUCAUUGCCUUCCGAUGCCUGGGUCUCCAUCUACCCCUGCCAUUUCUCCUGGCCUACAUGCCCUACUGCCACCCACAGGUUCUGACCCAUUCAUAUUGCUUGCACCCAGAUAUGGCCCGUUUGGCUUGCCCAGGAGCUUGGGGUACAGUCUAUAGCCUCUUUGUGGUCCUGUCAGCCAUGGGAUUGGACUCCCUGCUUAUUUUCUUCUGCUAUGGCCUAAUUGGCAGGGUAUUGCAAGGUUUGGCAUCCGAGGAUCGCUGGAAGGCUGGCCAAACCUGUGCCACUCACCUCUCUGCUGUGUUCCUCUUCUAUGUGCCCAUGAUCCUCCUGGCACUCAUUGGCCAUUUUAGGGUGCCAAUCCCUCAGUCUGCCCAUUCUCUUCUUUCCUAUGUCCAUUUCCUGCUUCCUCCAUUGAUAAAUCCUAUUCUCUAUAGUAUCAAGAUGAAGGAGAUUAGAGAGAAAAUACUCAAGAGGUUACAGCCCAGGAAGAUGGGUUGUGCUCAGUGA